AUGCCUCGAGCCAGAGCAACUAUCGAUGGGACCGUUCUCGCCGAGUCCGACAACUGGGAGACAGUCGAAGGCAAUAUCUAUUUCCCACCAUCAGCUGUAAACAAGUCGCUUUUCACUCCAACGGACUUGUCGACUCAUUGCUCCUGGAAGGGAGACGCUUCAUACUACACGGUAACCGUCGGAGAUAAAACAUUUCCGAAUGUGGCGUGGUACUACGCCCAGCCCUACGACAAGGCGAAGAAUAUCAAGGACUAUGUUGCUUUCUACAAGGACAAGGUGGAUAUCAACGUCGAGUAA